ACAGACGAAUGGCGCCUCAGCUGCAUCAACCAGGAGUUCUCCAUCUGUCCCUCCUACCCUCCCCUGGUCAUUGUCCCCAAGGCCAUCGACGACGAGGCUCUGCGGAAAGUCGCCGCCUUCCGCCACGGCGCUCGCUUCCCGGUGCUCAGCUACUACCACAGGAAGAAUGGGAUGGUGAUGAUGAGAAGCAGCCAGCCCCUGACGGGUACCAACGGGAGGAGGUGUAAGGAGGAUGAGAAGCUCAUCAAUGCCACCCUGAGGCCUGGCAAGAGGGGCUACAUCAUCGACACCAGGUCCUUGGCUGUUGCCCAGCAGGCCAGGGCCAAAGGAGGGGGCUUUGAACAAGAAGCACACUACCCCCAGUGGAGGAGGAUUCACAAAUGUAUUGAGAGGUUCAACAUUCUGCAGGAAAGCCUCAUCAAGCUGGUGGAAGCCUGCAACGACCAGUCACACAACAUGGACCGUUGGCUCAGCAAGCUGGAAGCUUCCAACUGGCUGACACACAUCAAAGAGAUCCUGACUGCAGCUUGUCUGGCUGCUCAGUGCAUUGACAGGGAAGGUGCAUCAGUGUUAGUGCACGGGACUGAAGGAACUGACUCAACACUCCAGGUCACUUCUCUGGCACAGAUUAUCUUGGACCCAAGGUGCAGGACCAUACGUGGCUUUGAAUCUCUUGUUGUGAGGGAGUGGCUGCAGGCUGGUCACCCUUUCCAGCAGCGCUGCGCCCAGUCGGCCUACUCCAACAGCAAGCAGAAGUGGGAGGCCCCAGUUUUCCUCCUUUUCUUGGACUGUGUGUGGCAAAUCCUUCGGCAGUUCCCUUGCUCCUUCGAGUUCAACGAGCAGUUCCUGCUCCUGCUCCUGGAGCACGCCUACGCCUCGCAGUUCGGCACCUUCCUGGGCAACAACGAGAGCGAAAGGUCUAAACUGAAGCUGCCACAAAAGACCAUGUCCCUGUGGUCCUGGGUGAACAGGGCUGAAGAGCUGAGCAAGUUCCAGAACCCUCUCUUUGAAGCCAACAGCCUGGUGAUCUGGCCCUCGGUCGCCCCGCAGAGCCUGCAGCUCUGGGAAGGGGUCUUCCUGAGGUGGAACAGACCUUCCAAGUUCCUGGACGAAGCCCAGGAAGAAAUGAUCAACAUCAUAAAGUACAACAAAGAACUCCAGGCCAAGGUGAAUGCACUGAGGAGGCAGCUGGCAGAGAUGGAAACGGAUGAUAGGAUGCAGGAGAACCUCUGA